AUGGAAGGUAAGAACGUGCUACGUGAAAAUUCGAAGAUUAUAUUUGAUGUACUUAGAUUUUGCGCUUUACUCGGUAAGGAGCUGUCCCCGUCGAGACUGAAGGAUGUCAAGUGGUGCUCCUGUGGAUCAUGUGUGUCCCUAACACCUAAGAGGAAGUACCCUUGUGAACCUUUGAUAGGGUUACGAACCAAAGUGAGGGAAUCUGGUCAGUGCAUUGUUCAGCACCCCUCAUUUUACAAGGUCGCGCUGGACUGCGAGGUGCUUCGAGUCCUGUUGGUCAAUCUGAGAGUGGAAAGGAAGAGGAAGAGACACCGGGUCGACAAUGAGAACAGGCGAACGGUUUCAUAUUUGCAGCCACUAUUGAGGUGCUUGAGAUACUGCGCGUACCGCGCUUUCGUUGCCUGGUGUUACGGGCACUUGGGUUUUCGGAAGAGAUUCGAACUACCUGCUUGCGUAAGAGCUGCCAUAAUGGAUGCUUUUCCCUCAGAGAUGGUGGCGUACGUGCCGGUUUCAGUUAGAAUUGCGACUUAUUUCCUCUAUUAA